AAACUUCACAAUCAGCAAAAUAAUAAAAUCACGACAAAGCUUCCGAAAAAAAAACAACAAUUUGUGCUCGAAGAAACUGUCGCUUAAUUUUCUAAAAAUGUUUUUCUUCGAAGGAAUUCAAAAUAAAAAUUAUUAAAAAGUUAUUGAAGAAAAAAGAAUAUUUUAAAAAUGUCUGGAGCUAAAAAAGGUUUAAAAACCAUCAAGAAAAUGAUUUCGUACUCAGCUGAUAAAACAACUGGUCGAAAUUGGAGACCUCCUAAGGAAGGUGAAAAUAGCGAUUGUCUUGACAAACCCAGCGUUUAUCAUGCAACUGUUGUUAUUUUUUUGGAGUUCUUUGCUUGGGGGCUGCUUACCUCUCCAACUAUAACAGUUCUUUCAGAUACAUUUCCUCAUCACAUUUUUUUAAUGAAUGGUAUUAUUCAGGGAAUUAAGGGUUUUUUAUCAUUUUUAUCUGCUCCAUUAAUUGGAGCUUUAUCUGAUGUUUGGGGAAGAAAACCAUUUUUGUUAGCAACUGUAUUCUGUACUUGUCUACCUAUUCCAUUAUUGCGUUUUAAUCCUUGGUGGUUCUUUUCAUGUUUAUCUAUAUCUGGUGCUUUUUCUGUAACAUUUUCAAUUGUGUUUGCAUAUGUUGCUGAUUGCACAGAAAAGGAUGAAAGAAGUCAUGCUUAUGGAGUGGUUUCGGCUACAUUUGCUGCAAGUUUAAUUACUAGUCCAGCUCUAGGAGCUUAUCUUGGUAAUACAUAUAAUGAUUCUGUUGUUGUUGCACUUGCGACAGCUAUUUCUCUGUUAGAUGUUCUUUUUAUCUUGGUAUGUGUCCCUGAGUCAUUGCCUGAAAGAAUGCGACCUGUUUCAUGGGGUGCAAGAAUUCCAUGGGAAAAAGUUGAUCCUUUCAGUUCACUUCGUAAAGUUGGCCAUGAUCCAAUGGUGUUGCUACUGUGUGUUACUAUAUUUUUAUCGUAUUUACCAGAAGCUGGUCAAUAUUCUUCUAUUUUCAUCUACCUUCAGCAUGUUAUUAAAUUUAACCGCGAAGAAGUGGCAGUGUAUAUUGCAAUUGUUGGUUUUUUAUCUGUUAUUGUUCAGACGCUGGUGUUGUCACUUUUUAUGAAGUCUUUAGGUCUAAAAAACACAAUAGUGUUAUCACUGAUUUUUCAAGUUACUCAGUUGUUGUGUUAUGCAUUUGGAACUCAAUAUUGGAUGAUGUGGGCAGCUGGUACAUUGGCCGCUAUGUCCAGUCUCAGUUACCCAGCAAUUAGUGCUUUAAUAUCAUGCAACGCAGAUGCUGAUAAGCAAGGUGUUGUUCAAGGAAUAGUUACUGGUAUUCGUGGUUUAUGCAACGGUAUUGGGCCAGCAAUUUAUGGUUGGAUUUUUUUUAUAUUUAAUAUUAAUAUAGAUGAACAAAAACCUAAUGUCUCACAUAAUUCGACAUCUCCUUCAGAUACCUUUAAAACAAAUCCCUAUAUUCCUGGUCCACCGUUUUUGUUUGGUGCUUGUUUAGUAUUUCUUUCUCUACUUACUGCUUUAUUUCUUCCUGAUGGUAAAUUAAACAACAUUAGUAGAACUUCUGUAUUAUUAAACCACAAUGAAAGAAAUGUUUCAUUGAGUGAAUAUGAUAAUGAUUUUGAAACAAAUGAUCAAACGUUGUUAUUACGUGACGACAUUAACACUUAGAAUUGAUUAGGAAGGUAAUUUUGAAUAGAAUCGAAUCUCAAAGAAAAAGUUGUGAGUAAAUUUAAAAAGAGUUGCGACCCUUCCUUUGACAAGGAGGAAUUUUUAUAUUAACUGAAUUCUUUUUUGUUACAACAACCAAGCAUAAUGAUGUGUCGUGCUUGCUAAUGUUUUGGAAUUGAGAAGAGUUUUUCGAUGUUUCGGCAAAGUACUCAAAUUAUAUAAAUUAAUUUUUAAAUGCGAUGAUUUAAUUUAAAUAAUAUUUAAGAAAGACUGAUAGGAAUGCUUUUUAUUAAGAGUAUCAAUUAUGUAUAAAAUGGUAAUUGGUAAUAUAUUAGUUGAAA